AUGGUACAGCACAUGCUUGAUUACGUUUUGGAAAAGUCAAGUCCAUUAACUGGUACCCCACAAGGAAAAAAGAAAAAGAAAGUGUGGGGGUGUUAUCGGAAAAUACGUUUCAGGGGAACUGAAGCCACCUUCUCUUGGGAUAUAAAGCCAGACAACUUCCUUAUGAGUUUAGGGAGGCGUGCUAAUCAGGAAGUUGGCAAAUUAAGAAAAAGAGAAUGCAUCAUCUGUACUUUAAGUUUUAUCACUUCUCGUGCUACUCCUUAUUUGCUAGUUCGAGUGAAGGAUACACCAGAUGAAGCUCCUUUCAUGGAGUUAGGUCAUGUUAUGCCACACCUGAUUCCCAGGCAUGAUUACACCACCAACAAUGAUCUAAGUCCCAACUUGGACAAAUCGUCUGAUGGUUUCCUAGGGAACCUGGAUGCUAGUGUUUCAGUUCCUGCUCCUGUUUCUGAAAUGGGCUUUUUGUCUACCUCAGAUAAUCCACAUUGGCAAUUGCCUGAGUUCAAUGGUUUGUCAGGAAAGCAUGCUCAAGUCAGAAUAUGUGAGCAUGAAGGCUCUUUGAAGCAUUUAUACUAUGAGGGUCAAAGCUUCCAUGAUGAAAGUCAUAUACUCUUUCCAUCUGCUUACUCAAUCUAA